AUGUCUAGUCCAACGAAAAAGCGGAAGCUGAAUAGUGGCAACUCGAAAUCAUCUGGUUUACCUUCUAGAGGUCUGGAGUAUUUCUUCUCUAAGCAGAAGGAAAGUAAAAGCCCUAAUGAUCAAACGCCAAAGGAUAAAACACCGAACGAUGAAGGUCCUGUGCAGGAUCAGGUGAUGACGGACGAGGAGCUCGCACGGAAGCUCCAGGCUGAAUGGAAUAAGGAGGCCGAAGCUGUGGGGCACGCCUCCGGAUCUUCAGCCGUGGCAGCGGUCCCUAAUCCGCCUAAAUCGGACAAUAUCACUGAAGCUGUUAAUGUUCCACCAACAUCCUCGGAUCCCCUAGUAGGAGUAAAGAAAGCUGAAAAUAAGGGUAAAGGCACGCUGUCGUUACAAUCUGUUACAGCUUCUGUGGACAUAGUUUCGGAGAACAUACUAUUUGACGAGAGUCCUCUUACAUUCGACCCUUCGAAGUAUAUACAGCAUCUUCAGGAACAUUGGGCCAGCGAUGGUGGUGAUGCGUCAUAUGCACUUCUGACGCGCUGUUUCGUACUCAUCAACAGCACAUCUAGCCGAAUUAAGAUAGUAGAUACGCUCGUUAAUUUCCUCCGCGUCCUUAUAGAAGGGGAUUCUGAGAGCCUACUGCCAGCUGUCUGGCUUGCCACAAACUCAAUAUCACCACCUUAUAUCUCGCUGGAACUCGGAUUAGGAGGCUCAGCGAUUUCGAAGGCCUUGAAGAAUGUCUGCGGCUUGGAUAAUCGAUCUCUGAAGGCAAUUUACGACAAGUACGGCGAUGCGGGAGACGUUGCCUUCGAAGCGAAAAAGAAACAGAGCUUCACACUGCGGAAGCCAAAGCCGCUUACGAUAAAAGGCGUCUAUCAGUCUCUAGUAAAAGUAGCUAGUAGCCAGGGACAGGGUAGCGGCGAGGUGAAACAGCGUAUCGUGGAUCGAUUACUCCAAGAUGCUCGGGGUGGCGAGGAGAGUCGAUAUGUUGUCCGCACGCUAUGCCAACACCUGCGUAUUGGCGCUGUGAAAACCACAAUGCUAAUCGCUUUAUCGCGCGCGUUUCUCCUUUCUAGACCGCCUGACGCGGAGUUUCCCUUGAAAUCUGUCGACGAGCUUAAGGCAUUGAAAAAAGAAGAGCUCGCGGACGUAUGGGGUAGAGCCGAGGAGAUCGUCAAAGCUUGUUUCGCAAGGCGUCCCAACUAUAAUGAUCUCAUCCCUGCUAUGCUCCAAAUAGGAGUGUGUGAUGAGUUGUUAAUGAGGUGCGAUCUGACGCUACAUAUACCUUUAAGGCCAAUGCUGGGGAGUAUUACAAGGGAUCUAUCUGAGAUGCUUACGAAGUUGCAAGGGAGAGAUUUCGCAUGCGAGUUCAAAUAUGAUGGUCAACGAGCGCAGGUCCACUGCGAUGAUAAGGGCAAGGUGUCAAUAUUUUCCCGGCAUCUGGAGGUCAUGACCGACAAAUAUCCAGACCUCGUAGAAUUAGUGCCAAAGCUGCGUGGGGAGGGUGUCAGCAGCUUUAUCAUGGAGGGUGAAGUGGUUGCAGUGGAUCGCCAAACAGGGGAAUUAAAGAAUUUCCAAACACUCACGAACCGAGCUCGGAAGGACGUGGCAAUUGGGAGCAUCACAAUUGACGUCUGCCUAUUCGCGUUCGACUUGAUGUACCUGAACGGCCAGCCGCUCUUAGACCGGCCGUUCCGCGAGCGGCGUACGUUGCUACGAUCUCUAUUUACGGAAAUACCGCACCACUUUACCUGGGUGAAGAACCUCGACGCUACGUCGCAGGAUUCCGAAGGUGUACUGGACUUCUUCAAGCAAGCUGUAGAGAACAAAUGUGAGGGCAUUAUGGUUAAGAUUCUUGAUAACCUGCCCAAUCUGCCCGCCCCUAGCGACGCCUCAGAGGAUCCUAAUCGGGCGGCGGAAGAUUUAGAAGAGAGCGAGACCCUCACUUUACCGACAAAGUCGAAAGGGAAAAAAGGCAAAGGAAAGGGAGUUAGCAAUGGUGACCAAGAAAAGAAGCCAUCUCCACGCCGGAAACCACUGCUUGCCACUUACGAGCCCGAUAAGCGCCUUGACUCGUGGCUUAAAGUGAAGAAGGACUAUAGCAGUUCGUUUGACACGCUAGAUCUUAUACCGGUAGCUGGAUGGCAUGGGCAAGGCCGCAAGGCGAAAUGGUGGUCGCCUAUGCUUAUGGCCGUUCGCAACGACGCGACAGGGACCCUGGACGUCGUGUGCAAAUGCAUGUCCGGGUUCACGGAUGCCUUCUACAAGGCGAAUAAGAAAUUCUACGACGACGGUUCCGGCGACGAACAGUCGGAUUCCAAUGGCGUUAGGGAAGGCGAAGGGGAAGAAGAUAGGAGUAGUGACGAGGCGGGCGAGAAUGACGGGAGGAAAUAUAAAAAUGUCCGCAAGACAAAGCCUAGCUUCGUAGAGUACUCGGGUCCCGAGCCGGAUGUCUGGUUCGAGCCUCAGGAGGUGUGGGAGAUGGCAUUUGCCGACAUUACAUUAUCGCCGACAUACACUGCGGCUAUUGGACUAGUGAGCCAGGAUCGAGGGCUUAGUUUACGAUUCCCGCGUUUUCUCAAAAAGCGUGAGGAUAAAGGGUUAGAAGAAGCUAGUAGUAGCGAGUUUCUGGCUGCACUGUAUAGAAAACAGGAGGCUAAGGCGCCAGCUAAGGAGGAGGUUGAGGAAGACGAAGAAGAAGAGUUGUAG